AUCGCAACAGUGUAAUUCGACGUGCAUUAUCGGAAUCUCUUGCUUUGAAGGUGAUAUUUCUUAAUUGCUUUCAAACUUCGGAACUGGAAAACAUGAUGUGUUGAGCCUUUUAAGCUUAUAAUCUAUUUUCUCUCAUCCAAAGUUUAAAGCUUUUGAUUUUGAUUGUAACAUAACUAUGUAUUUAAGAGAUGGGUGUUCCUUAUUGUUGAAAUUGCGUAAACCUUCAAUCCCAUUUGUGCUCAACACAAACCCAAUUUUCAAUCUUGAUAAACCCCAACCCCAACCCCAACCCUCUCCUGUUCAAGAGUCCCAUGUGGUGAAGGUGUUGAAACAUGAGCAAGAUAUUGUGUUGUCACUUGAAUACUUCAAAUCCUUGGCCAAUUCCAGAGCUUUCAAACACACCCAUUUGACAUACCAUGUUAUGAUUGAGAAGCUUGGGAGAAAUUGUGAAAUGGAUGGGGUUCAAUAUCUCCUGCAACAGAUGAAGCUGGAAGGGGUAGCUUGUUCUGAAGAUUUGUUCAUAUGUGUGAUGAAUUCCUAUAGGAGAGCAAGGUUGGCUGAUCAAGCUUUAAAGAUGUUUUAUAGGAUCAGGGAAUUUGGGUGUAAGCCCACUGUCAAGAUAUAUAAUCACUUGUUGGAUGCCUUGCUUGGUGAAAAUAGGUUUAAGAUGAUUAGUCCUGUUUAUAACAACAUGAAGGGGGAAGGAUUGGAGCCAAAUGUGUUUACAUAUAACAUCCUUCUCAAGGCUUUGUGUAAGAAUGGGAAGGUGGAUGGUGCUUGCAAGUUGCUUGUAGAAAUGUCGAAUAAGGGUUGUACUCCGGAUGCUGUGAGCUACACGACCAUAAUCUCUUCUAUGUGUAAGUUUGGUCAGGUAGAGGAAGCAAAGGAGCUAGCUAUGAGGUUUGCACCUGUGGUGCCUGUUUAUAAUGCUUUGAUCAAUGGAGUGUGCAAAGAAUACAAAAUUAAGGAGGCCUUUGAUUUGAUGAGUGAGAUGGUGGAUAAGGGUAUUGACCCAAAUGUUGUUAGUUACUCUACUAUUAUUAGUUGUCUUUCUGAUAUGGGGAAUGUUGACCUGUCUCUUGCACUUUUGGCCCAAAUGCUUAUGAGAGGAUGUAGCCCCAAUGUUCAUACGUUUACUUCCUUGAUAAAAGGUUAUUUCUUGGGAGGGAGACUAGGUGAUGCUCUUGGCUUGUGGAAUCUUAUGAUUCGGGAGGGAGUUAAGCCCAAUGUUGUCUCAUACAACACUCUCAUAUAUGGUCUGUGCUCCAAUGGGAAUAUGGCUGAGGCUAUUUCUAUUUGUAAUCAGAUGGAGAAAAAAUUUUGCCAUCCAAAUGUGACCACAUAUAGCACUCUUAUAUACGGGUUUGCAAAGUCUGGGAAUUUGCUUGGUGCUUCUGAAAUAUGGAACAGGAUGAUAAAUUGUGGUUGCCAUCCUAAUGUUGUGGUAUACACCUCCAUGGUUGACGUCCUUUGUCAGAACUCUAUGUUUGACCAAGCUUAUCAUCUUAUUGAUAAUAUGAUCACUGAUGGUUGCCCUCCAACUGUUGUUACAUUCAACACAUUUAUCAAGGGCUUAUGUGGUGGUGGAAGAGUAGAAUGGGCAGUACGUUUGCUUGAUCAGAUGGAGAAAUAUGAGUGUUUGCCUAAUAUCAGAACAUAUAAUGAGUUGUUGGAUGGUCUGUUUAGGGUGAACAGAUUCAGAGAAGCUUGUGGACUUAUAAGGGAGUUGGAAGAAAAGAAGAUGGAGCUUAAUUCUGUUACUUAUAACACUAUUAUGUAUGGAUUUUCUUGUCAUGGAAUGCAAGAAAGGGUUUUGCAGCUUUUGGGGAAAAUGUUGGUAAAUGGAGUAAAGCCAGAUUCCAUUACGGUUAAUAUAAUUAUUAAUGCAUACUGUAAGGCGGGUAAGGUUAGUACUGCCAUCCAGCUUUUGGAUAAAAUUACUGCAGGAAAGGAAUUGUGUCCGAACAUAAUAGCACAUACUAGUCUUUUGUGGGGUAUCUGUAAUUGGUUAGGCAUUGAAGAGGCAAUUGUGUAUCUUCAUAAAAUGAUAAAUGAAGGAAUCUUUCCUAAUAUUGCCACUUGGGAUGUGUUAGUUCGAGGCUUCUUUAACAAUUUGGGUCAUAUGGGACCAAUCCGUAUCUUGGAUGAUAUCUUGGGAAAUGGAUAGUAUGCAAUUUUCAGCUUCUUCUAAGGGAUACUAAUGGCAUUCAGUUGUGGCGAUUUUCAACAGUAUGCAACUGAUGACGACUUUUCCAAACACUUAAUUUGGAGUAGGAGAAAGUGGGGGAGGACAGAACACAUGGUGAGAAAUCAAUAAAUUUUAAAAUUGAAUCUGGAUAGAAUCAUUAUGGGGAGGAAAAUUCUUUUUCAGAAUUUAAAUCUGGUUCUCUCUAAAUUGAUGCAGAAGUGAGUAGAAAGUUGGCAUGGUUUUUGUAAAUUUUUAUUUGAAGUGUACCCUUAUUUGCUGAAUUAUCAAAGAAGUCUAGAAGGGCAGACGUUUUUCUAAUUUUUGACAACCAAAAGCCAAGACUAGAACAUUUCUCCAAAAUUGAAGGUCAUUGCCGCAAGGAACUCAGUCAUAUCCUGCUACCAUUAUUCAUGAUACAAGAUGA